AAUAUUCAACAACAGACAAUGGCAAGACAAUGUUGCACAAAGAGUUGCAGGAAAAUGACAUCACUCUUGUCUGGCUUGGAUUUAGUGGAUCAGAUCAUAAUUAUCUGUUUCUGGACAAAACAAUCCUGACAGAUGAGAUCAUUGAGUAUGACACAACAAACAUAGUUGGCUAUAGCUCACGAUGUGGCACUACUGAUUUUGCAUCAGACAGACAAGACUACCUGGCCGUGUACUGUUUUACACCCAAAAAUUUUGUUUGCCACUUAUUGUUGACGGAUAACAUAGCCACACCAUCAUCAGCCAGUGUUACCUGCGACCAAGGCUGGAACUUGUUCCAUGAGACCUGCUACAAGAUAGAAACCUCCCAGCUAAGCUACACAGAUGCCCAGACAGCUUGUCAAAAACAAAGUGCCACCCUGGCAACUAUCACCAGCCAAAUAGACCAGUCUUUUUUUUCUACCUCACCAUUUCUGGCAAGUGGUACAGAAAGUUAUUGGAUUGGUGUCAAGUACGACAUCUCCUCACAAAGUUACCUGUUAGAUAACAGUGAUAAAAAACCUCAGAUUUUAAACUGGGACCCCAACCAAAUGUACAACUCGACUACAGCUCCGUGUGUGUAUGUCAAUGCUGGGUCAACUGCUACAUUUAUGGGCUCAUGGACCAGAGAGAAAUGUGACUCUCUGCAUAAGUUUGUUUGCCAGAAGGCAGGAAACCCCAUAGUACCAUCAGCAGUUACUUCUAGUGUUAUGUGGUCUGACCAGUGUGGUGUGGGAUGGACAUACAGCAACUUCACCAACAUGUGCUACUACAUAUCAGCUUAUGCCCACAAGCCAUGGAGAGAGGCGAGGUCACUUUGUCAGUCACACAAAGGGGAACUACUCAGUAUAUCUGGCUAUGAAGAGCAAAAAUACAUAGAAAGCAUUUUGUCUUCAAAUGAUUAUAAAAACCUCCAACAACCUCUGUGGAUAGGAGCAGCUGAUAUGUGGGAGAAGCAUGGUUGGGGCUGGUCAGAUAAAAAACCUUUUCGCUACAUCCACUGGGGAGAAGGUCAGCCUCAUUAUGACAGCACUGGGGGAGAUAACUGUGGCUACAUGCCAGUGGCCAGAAGAUUUGAGUGGGAAGCGAGGCCAUGUUCUGACAGACUAGGAUAUAUUUGUAAAAAAGCAGCAUUUGCAAAUGAGAACACUGAGUUUCCUAAAACACCUUCUACAAGUUCCUGCGUCUCACAAGAACUCAUCUCUGGGUUUCACAGCAUUCAGUUCCCCAGUGGCUUCUCAGCUUCUUCCUACAAAGAUGAUCAACACAGACCAGAGGACUGUAGAAUGGGAACCUCAAACACACGUGCCUGGGUCCCAGCUAAUGACAGCACUAACGAGUGGCUUCAGAUUUCAUUCCACUCCCCUGUGACCAUCACAGAUAUAAAUUUAGGAGGGGAAGAUUCAACUGACAAAUAUGUCUCCAAGUUUAAAAUGGAAUAUCAGUACGAUGCGUCGUCAGACUGGUAUUGGGUCAGUGACAGUAACAGAAAUCCUAAGAUUUUUGAUGGAGUUACCACUCCUGACAGUACACAGUCCAUUUUCCUCAUGGGUGACAUCCAAGCCCAAUCUGUAAAAAUCUGGCCAGUUGAGUGGAGCUAUGGCAUUGCUAUACAGAUAGAGUUAAUGGGCUGUGCUGAAGAUUUGUGUGAGCCAGAAUAUGCCAUGAGUGGUCCUCUGAUUGUCAGUGAUCAACAGAUCACAUCAUCAUCUGCCAAGUUGGGCCAUGAGGCCUGGAAUGCAAGGUUAAGGCCAGUGCAAGAAAACAAAUAUCCGCAAUAUUGGAUACCUGAGGAUCAGGAUUUGAAUCCAUGGAUACAGGUUGACCUAGGUAAAGACAGAAUUGUGAGAGGUGUCAGCAUUCUAAAAAAUUCUGCCGUGAACAACUAUGUCACCAAAUUCUCCCUAAUGUUCAGUCAGGAUGGUGCUAUAAAUGACUUUGUCAACUACACAGAACCAUAUUCUCAACCACGCAUAUUUGAUGGAGUGACCGCCAACUCACCAAUGGUCACAGUUUACUUGGGGUCCAGUGUUCUGGCCAGGGUUGUCAGGUUGGUUGUGGUGGAGAAAAAUCUGGUUGCUGCCCUCAAGUUUGAUGUCCUGGUUUGUUCCACCGGCUGUCGAGCUGAACCAAUGAUUGCCAACAAGCCAAAUGUCAUGAUGACCUCAUCCAGCGACCAAAUGUUCCACACCACAGACAGGUCCAUCUUAAACACACCUAAAGAGGGAGAUCAGUCUGAUGGCUGGAAGCCCAUAGAAGCUACACAAGCGGAUUCAUCUUAUAUUAUGCUAGAUUUGGGUUUCAUAGCUCAGAUCACAGCAGUGGCUACACAAGGGUCACAGUCAGAUGGGUCAUGGGUCAAAAGUUACUUCCUGUCUUUUUCAAAUGGCAGCAGUACCUACAGCAGUUAUCAAGGAAAUACCACAUACCACACUUCAAAGUAUACUGUCCCCUCCCAAUCAAAUCUGUACCAAGGUAACUUUGAUGGCUCUACUGUGCUUAAAAAUGAAUUAUCUCCACCAGUAGCUGCAAGAUAUGUUCAGCUCUGGCCUCAUGAGUUUCAAAGAUCCAUAGCCCUUAGGUGGGAGGUCUAUGCUUGCCCACAGCCUACUAUGUCACCACUGGGCUGUUAUGCUGAUGAGAUCGCUGACCCAGACCUUCCGUUUACGCCACAGCUGGACAAAUUUGCCAACAUUUUUCCAGAUUCUUGCGUCUCUCUUUGUUUCCAAAAGGGUUUUAGCUAUGCUGGGUUGGAGAAUAGUACCCUGUGCUCCUGUGGAAAUGACUAUGGCAUGUAUGGUCCAUCCAAUGACUGCUCCACUCUAUGUCUGGAUCCCUACUCAGACAAGGUGUGUGGGGGAGACAAGGCUAAUUUGAUCUACAGUACAGGCUUGAGUGCUUCAAGUUUAGUGUGCCCAAAUGGGUGGCGGCCAUACAGAGACAGCUGCUACAUGUUGGUGGGACAACCAAAAACUUGGAGUGAUGCAUCAUCAACUUGUGCCAAACUGUCAUCUGAUCUAGCUGAUGUUGUGGACAGGCAGGAAAACAUCUUUAUAUCUAGUCUGCUCACUGAUAAUGUUACCAAGGCUUGGAUUGGGCUCAAUGACUUGAAACUUCAACUAACUUUUGAUUGGUCCUCUCAGAAAGAGGUUUUGUUCACAAACUGGGGAGCACAUCAGCCCCAGACUGAUCCAGGUCUUGAUGCACAUAGUGUCACCAUAGAUCAGGAUGGGAGAUGGGCCACUACAUACAGUGAGAGUUACAUCCCUUUUAUAUGUAAAAUGAAGAAGAAAGCAUCUGAUGCCCCUGUCAAUGUUAGGCAAGACACAGGCUGUUUGCAGGGUUGGAUUGGGUUUGAUGACAAAUGUUUUAGACUGAAUCGUCUAAAAAAUAGUUGGACUUCAGCAAAGUCAUUAUGUGAACUGGAAGGUGCAACUCUUCUGCACAUAAGUUCUGAAAAAGAAAACUCUUUUGUGACGAGUUUUCUGUUGCGCUCUGAUGGAUAUUUCUGGAUUGAUAUUUUGGAUUCAAACUCCACUGGAUUUUAUCAACAUUUUUAUGGGACUUCACAGAUUUUGUUUACCAACUGGGCAGCACAAAAACCAGAUUCCUCUGGCAGCUGUGUGAGUAUUGGGACAGGAGCAAAUGGGGGGAUGUGGUACAACAGUGACUGUCAGACCAGGAACAGCUACAUCUGUCAGCUCCCACGUAAUGUAACAGCCACACCAAACACCAGCCCCACACCAACAACAGGGGCAACAACCAGCUGCUCAGAUGGCUGGCAAACAUAUGGUGACAGUUUAUGUUAUCAGGUAAAUGCUGGAGAUGCUACUUCGUACCUGGCUUGGCAUGAGGCUGAAGAAGACUGCAGGAGCAAAGGUGCAAAUCUAGCUAGCUUUCAUAGUGAUUCUGUCUUCAAAAAUCUCAUCUCCAAAUUCAGCUCCCCAAGCAGUGGAAACUUUUGGAUUGGUCUAAACAAUUUAGAUUUAUCAACAGGCUAUGAAUGGACAGAUGGUUCAGUUGUCAACUUCAUCAAAUGGGGCACUGGUCAACCGAGGUCAGAUAUUGUGGGCUAUGUGUGUGGUGAGCUACUGACCACUGCAUCUGCUUUGGGUCUGCAGUCUUGUCAACAGCUGAAGGGAUGGAUAUGCAGUAUUGAGAAAGGUAAAGCUACUGUGGUGAUUCCUCCAGUAGUUUACCCACCACCUGACACAGAUGAUGGUUGUAGGUCAUUGACCGGCACCUGGCUCAAGUACAAAAACUACUGCUAUCACAUCUCUGAUGGGCAGGGUGGGGCUGAUGGCUCCCUGACGUGGAGGGAGAGCAGGCAGUGGUGUGGCAGAUAUGGGGCAGAUCUGGUCUCCAUCAACAGUGAGGAUGAGAACAGGUUUCUACAGGGGGUGUUUAAGUAUGGGGUAAUAAGUGAAUCUAUCUGGAUUGGAUUGAAUGAGUUGGAUAGAAACAGUGGAUACAGUUGGACAGACAGAAGUCCUGUGAAUCUAUUCAACUGGAAUGUGAAUGAACCUAAUGAUGAGAAUGGCUAUGAAGCUUGCACCGAGAUCUUGGUUAGAAAUGGAAAAUGGAAUGACCAGCACUGCAGCAGACGCCAAGGUUUUAUCUGCAAGCAGCCUGUCCCUGGAACAAAUGUUACACAUGCGACCAACGUCUCAAGGCCAAAUGGAAAUUGCCCACCAAAUUUUAGCAAAUUUGGCCAAAAAUGUUACAGAGUGCUGGGUGUACCAAACGCAGGCAACCCACAAACAUGGGCAGAUGCAAGGAAGUCUUGCAGUAAAUUGGUGGUGGACAAAGUGGCAAACUACACUGUGGACCUGGCCAGUGCUACAUCUAUCAUGGAAAAUGCCUUCAUAACAACACUUCUUGCAAGCUAUGGACAACCAGCAUGGGUUGGUCUCAGGAGGUUGAGUGCUGGUCAGUUUCUCUGGUCAGACAAUGAAGAUCUGACGUACGUGAACUGGAAUAAGGGCAAACCAGACAUGCCAACAAGCACAGACAGUUGUGUCAGUAUUGACAACUCACUGAUGAAUGCUGGAAAAUGGAAUGACCUGCCAUGUGAUCAGCCCUUGGCGUAUGUUUGUCAAGGUUUUACAGACCCCAGUAUACCACCCCCAAGCAUUGCACCCUCUGCUAAAUGUGAUACACUUCAUGGGUACCAAAGGCAUGGCAAGUCUUGUCUGAAGGCUAUCAAUCAAACACUCUCAUGGCAGGAUGCUAGAAGCAGGUGUAAGAAUGAUGGGGGAAACCUGAUUUCAAUUUUAGACUGCUACGACUGGGCUGAAACUCUGCUUAUAAUUCAGGGCUUUGCUGAUGGCGCUUGGAUUGGUCUCAAUGAUUUAAAAAAAAAUGGAACAUAUGAGUGGGACAGUGGCUACCCGCUAACAUACACUAGAUGGGCUCACCAUCAACCACUGGACCACCAAAACUGGGGCUGUGUCUACAUCAACAACAGAGGUCUCUUUAACAACGGUCCAUGCUCAGACCAGCGGUCAUCUGUGUGUAGAAUUGAUGAUGAACCACCCCAGACCCCAUCAGCACCAGCUGGCGGUGACUGCACUAACCCAGACUUCCACUUGCUGGGUUCAUCCUGCUACCUGCUGGUAACUAGCCCUACCCUGACUUAUGAUGAGGCAGCCAAUGACUGCAGGACAAGGGGAGCUACUCUUGCCUCCCUUCAUGACUCAUCUCUCAACUUAAUGCUCUCUGCUGAUCAAAAUGUUUGGAUUGGGCUAAGAGAAUCAAUUAAUGAGGGUUUCAGCUGGGAGGAUGGGACAGUUCUGGCCUUCACAGCAUGGGGAGAUAACCAGCCACGGUGGGGUGGGGCUGAUGAAGCAGAAGUGGGGUGUGUCACCACAUCAAGUCAGGGUACCUGGAGCAGCAGAGACUGUCAGGACAAGUAUGGUUACCUCUGCAGCAUGCCCAGAGAGUCUCUGACCACCCAGCCACCAGCCAGCUCGGUGAGCUACAACAGUCAGGUGACCUUGACCUCCAGUACAACAACAGUGUCGCCAUCAACCAUCACCUACCCACACAUUGCCAGCACCACCAUCACCAUCAGCAGCUCUUCCAUCAGCCAGACUUCACCCACCAGCACCACGCCACAACCUGGGGUCUCGUCAACCACACCCACUAAUACAAGUUUACCCGGAGCUUCCUCGUCAGAUUCUGGUGGUUUAUCUGGGGGAGAAACAGCUGGUGUUGUCAUUGGUGUUUUAUUAGCCGUUGUCCUCGUUGCCGCUGUCCUGUUUUUUGUCGUCAAAAAGCACGGCUGCGUCCAGUCGUCCUUCCUGAGACAGGAGGCCUCCAAAACAAAAAACUUUGAAAACAGCCUGUACGAGGCCACCCACAAGGACACGCUGACCAAGAUUCCCGUGGACCACAAUGAGAUGAUAAAUAUUGUGGGCCUGGAGUCCAGGGACCACCAGUUUAGCGUCAGCUACACGCCCAAGGAACACUUACAGAAUGUGCCUUAUGAGGACUUCACAUCUGAACCUGAUGCUGCUUAUAUGGGAUUUGAUAAUGAUUGCUCAGCAUAACAUAGGUCAAAGAAAAAGUGUCCAUACCAGGUUAAAAUUAAGACUGUUAUUUUUAUUUGUGCAAUAACGGAAUUUUAAUGUUUAAGUUUUUAUUGUUAAUUUUUACAGUAAUAUAAAGGAGUUGCAAUGAUAUAGUUUUUUAUUUUAACAGUAAAAUAAUGAAGCUUUAAUGGUUGUGUAUUUAUUGUUAUUUUUUGUUGUAAAAUAAUGGGAGUUGAAUGCUCUAAUUUAGAGCAUUCUUCAUUUUAUAAGGUGAAUUCAAAAGGAAUAAUGUAAAACAGCAAAACCUAAUGUGAAUAUUUAGAAAGCUUGAUUAUUUUAAAAUUAUCAAAAGUUUUUUAAACUCUAACCAAAAAAUAAAAAAAAAAACAGCUUUUUAAAAAUCUCAAAACAAUUUCCACUUUUUCAAUUCAAACAGUGUUAAGUCUACAACAUCCAACCAAUAAUUUUUUUUAAUGUGUUACUAAAUCAAUGAAAUUUUAAUUUCCAACUGAUUUGCAUUAUUCUACAUAUGCCUACAUCAUUUAUCCUCAUUGGACUUCAUUUCAACCAAUCCCACUACAAGUUGACUAUUGAAAAUUGUGAAAAUAUUUUUGUACAUAAACUAUUUGUAAUGAUUUCCGUUGUUUUUUUUUUUUUUUUUUUGAUAUUUUAAAUUGCAUCGUUUGUCAGAAAGUUAUUUUCUUAACAACCAGCUUAUUCUAUACUGUAUAUCUCCUUUGUGCAAUAAUUCUGAUUGAGACGCACUGUUGAAAGAUUUUUUAUUUUGAUAUUACAGAGUAAUGGUUAGCUCCAGGGUUGAGUUUGGUUUAGGAUUGUGGCAUUAACAAAGAUAAGGUCCAAUAUGACCUAUAGGUUCACAUUAAGGUUGUUGGAAUGAUUUAUCUGGGUACUAUACACACUACACUGUGAAACAGUUGUGUUUAGGUUUGUGAUUAAGUUAAUGUUUAGAUUAAUGCUCUGGUUAGAAUGCUAAACUCACUGAGCCUGAUUACGCAUGUUGAGAAUUUUUUCUGCAACUUUAUAUAUAAAUUAA